AAUAAAUCAAAUAUAUUGUGGCUCGACUCGGUCGGCGAAAUUCGCCUAAACCCAGGGCAGUGUAACACCAUAGUUAUGCUCCGAACAAAAAAAUGGAUCAAAAUCAGAGACCUUCCUCAGCUUCAAGGGCUUACCAGUUCCACCCAGGCCGAGCCACCAUUAUCACUCUCUUUGACCUAUAUUUAGGAAAAAGUAGUCGCCAAAAACCUGAUGAUCAAUUUCGAGAACCUCCUAACAAGACACAAAAGCGUGUAGUCGCGCUUAAUCGAGAGCUAGCUCCUAGAAAUGAGCAGUUCCUUUCGGAUUUUGAACAAAUUCAGAGCCAGUUUUCUGAUCAAGAACAGCUGCGAGCUGUGACAGAAUCUGUUCUUAUAUCUUUGGUUGUGCAUUGUAGUGGACAUGUACCGCGAGCAGAAUUUCUUCUCUUUGCUUUACGUAGCUUGUGCAGUAUUGGUUAUAUUAACUGGGACACUUUUUUGCCAUCACUUCUUUCUUCAGUUUCUACUGCAGAAACGACUUUGGGUCAGGGGAGUCAAACAGUUGCUUCAGUUUCAUCACAGCCUGCGGUGCUUCCAUCGUCGAAUGCAAUCUCCAAUUCAUCUAAUUUUCAGUCUUCAAAUCCUGCCUCUCCAUUACCUUCUGUGCAUGGUAUCGGGUCUCCUGUUCAAUCAUCUUUAGAACCAGCUCCUGGUGCAAAUUUAUCACCAAUCAAAUCAUCUGAUAUUUCCUGUGUGAUACAACAGUCUUCAUCAAGGGUGAAUUCAUCUAUAAGGGAUAAUGCUAUUAGCAGUCUACGGCAACUCUGUUGCAAGAUUAUCUUAGCUGGUCUUGAAUUUAACCUUAAACCAGUGACUCUUGCUGACAUUUUUACUCAUAUGCUGAAUUGGCUGGUGAAUUGGGAUCAGAGACAACAGGGGAUUAAUGGAUCUGAUGGUUUCAAAUCGUGGAAACUUGACAAGGCUUUAAUAGAGUGGCUGCAUAGCUGCUUGGAUGUAAUUUGGCUUUUGGUUGAGGAGGAUAAAUGUCGAGUUCCCUUUUACGAGUUACUGCGCAGUGGCUUGCAGUUUAUAGAAAAUAUACCUGACGAUGAAGCCUUGUUUACGCUUAUUUUGGAGAUCCAUAGGAGGCGAGAUAUGAUGGCUAUGCACAUGCAAAUGUUAGAUCAACACCUUCAUUGCCCUACAUUUGGAACUCAACGGAUUUUUUCACAGAUUAUUCCCAAUAGUCCAGGUGAACCAGUAGCAGGCUUGAGAUAUUCACCAAUUACAUAUCCAAGUGUACUUGGAGAACCAUUGCAUGGAGAGGAUAUUGCAACUUCCAUUCAGAAAGGAAGUUUGGACUGGGAGAGAGCUUUGCGUUGUAUAAGACAUGCAUUUCGCACCACUCCAUCUCCCGAUUGGUGGAAGCGUGUGUUGGUUGUCGCUCCUUGCCAUAAGCCUCAAGCUCAAGCACCUACUCCGGGUGCUGUUUUCAGUUCUGAAAUGAUUUGUGAGGGAACAGUUGAAAGAUUUGUUGAGCUCUUGAAGCUUACUAAUUCAGAUAUCAAUUGCUGGCAAGAGUGGCGUGUUUUUUCGGAUAUAUUCUACUUUCUUAUUAAAAGUGGGUGCAUUGACUUUGUUGAUUUUGUGGACAAAUUAGUUUUACGUCUCACAGAGGGAGGUGACCACCAUAUUCUUAGAACAAAUCACGUGACGUUGCUAAUAGCAGAAAUUAUCCGAGUUGAGCUUGUGAUCAAUGCUUUGAAUAAUGAUGCUAGAAAGGUGGAGACGACAAGAAAGAUUAUGUCUUUUCAUAGAGAAGAUAGGAGUUCUGACCCUAAUACUCCUCAUGGGAUCUUGCUUGACUUUAUAAGCAGUUGCCAGAAUUUGCGCAUUUGGUCAUUAAACACAUCUACCAGAGAAUAUUUAAACAGCGAGCAGCUUCAGAAAGGAAAACAAAUAGAUGAAUGGUGGAGGCAGUCAAGCAAAGGAGACCGUAUGAUGGAUUAUAUGAAUAUGGAUGAUAGGUCUAUUGGAAUGUUCUGGGUUGUGACUUACACCAUGGCGCAACCAGCUUGUGAAACAGUAAUGAAUUGGCUGUCUUCGGCUGGAGUUACAGAACUAUUACCAGGAUCAAGCCUACAGGCAAAUGACAGGUUAAUGGUUAUGCGGGAAGUAAGUCCACUGCCAAUGUCACUGUUAUCGGGCUUCUCCAUGAACAUGUGUUUGAAGCUGGCAUAUCAAAUGGAAGAAUCAUUGUUUUCUGGACAGGUUGUACCAAGCAUUGCACUGGCUGAAACUUAUACACGACUACUGCUUCUUGCACCACAUUCCUUAUUUCGCUCUCAUUUCAGUAAUUUAGCGCAAAGGAACCCAUCAGUAUUGAGCAAGCCUGGGGUUACUCUUUUGUUGCUUGAAUUGAUGAACUACCGUUUGCUUCCACUUUACAGGUACCAAACCAAAUGCAAAGCCUUAAUGUACGAUAUUACGAAAAUAAUUUCUGCACUCAAAGGGAAACGUGGAGAACAUCGUACAUUUAGGUUGGCUGAAAACUUGUGCAUGAACCUUAUUUUGUCCUUGAGGGACUUUUUCUUGGUGAAAAGAGAAGGGAAGGGUCCAACUGAAUUUACAGAAACAUUGAACCGAAUAACUGUCAUUACUUAUGCUAUUAUGAUUAAAACGCGUGGAAUUGCUGAUGCUGAUCACCUGCUUUAUCUUCAAACCAUGGUUGAACAAAUAAUGGGAGCUAGUCAGCAUACAUGGUCUGAAAAAACACUGCGCCAUUUCCCAUCUGUCCUUCGUGAUGCUGUGAUUGGCCGAUUGGAUAAGAGGAGCCUUGCAAUUCAAGCAUGGCAACAGGAAGAAACCACUGUGCUUAAUCAAUGCACUCAACUUCUUUCUCCAUCAGCUGAUCCUACAUAUGUAAUGACCUAUAUCAAUCAUAGUUUUCCUCAACAUCGACACUACCUAUGUGCUGGUGCGUGGAUACUGAUGCAAGGGCAUCCUGAAAAUAUUAACAGUGGUAACUUGGCACGCGUCUUGAGAGAGUUUUCCCCUGAAGAGGUGACAGCAAACAUCUACACAAUGAUAGAUGUGCUACUUCACCACAUUCAGUUGGAACUUCAGCAUGGACACUCCUUACAGGAUCUUUUACUGAAAGCUUGUUCAAACCUGGCAUUUUUUGUUUGGAUCCACGAAUUACUUCCUUUGGAUAUUUUGCUUUUGGCACUUAUUGACCGUGAUGAUGAUCCUCACGCUUUGCGUAUCGUGAUUGCUCUGCUUGAUAGGCAAGAACUUCAACAAAGAGUGAAAUUAUACUGUAUGAAUCGCGGACCUUCUGAGCAUUGGCUUUAUUCGGGAAUUUACAAGAGAAAUGAUUUGCAAAAGGCCUUGGGGACUCAUCUUUCUUGGAAGGACAGGUAUCCCACAUUCUUCGAUGAUAUUGCCGCACGUUUACUUCCAGUCAUUCCGUUAAUAGUUUAUAGACUUAUUGAAAAUGAUGCCAUUGACUCAGCGGAUCGAAUUCUGGCCAUGUAUUCACCAUUUCUUGCUUAUCACCCCCUAAGAUUUUCAUUUGUUCGUGACAUUCUUGCAUAUUUCUAUGGCCAUCUUCCUGGAAAGCUCAUAGUUCGAAUCCUGAAUGUACUUGAUCUAAACAAGAUCCCAUUUACGGAAUCAUUUCCACAACAUAUCAGCUCAGCAAAUCCUGUUAUGUGCCCACCUCUUGAUUAUUUUGCAACUCUUUUGCUGGGACUAGUAAAUAAUGUUAUACCCCCAUUACAUAGCAGCUCAAAAUCAGGAUCACUGGGUGAGAAUUCUAGUACUUUGUUGCGCAAGAACCAGGCAACAUCUCAGUCUGGGCAAUCAAAUGCUUCUGAUAGCCAAAGAGCUUUUUAUCAAAUCCAAGAUCCUGGCACAUAUACUCAAUUGGUCCUUGAAACAGCAGUGAUUGAGAUUCUCUCUCUCCCAGUAUCUGCAUCCCAAAUUGUAUCGUCACUUGUACAAGUUAUUGUUAAUAUUCAAGCAACACUUGUUCAAUCCAACGGACUGCAUGGAACACCAAAUAGUGUUGGACAAGGCUCAGUCUUACCAACCUCACCUUCCGGGGGAAGCACAGAUUCAUUGGGAGCAAGCAGAUCUACUCCUUCAGUUUCAGGAAUAAAUACCUCAAACAUGGUCUCCAGAAGUGGUUAUAGCAGUCAACAACUGUCUUGCUUAAUGAUUCAAGCUUGUGGUCUGUUGUUGGCCCAACUUCCUCCUGAUUUUCACAUACAACUUUAUAUAGAGACAUCAAGAAUUAUAAAAGAAACUUGGUGGCUUACUGAUGGGAAGAGAUCACUUGGAGAACUAGACUCCGCUGUUGGCUACGCCUUAUUAGAUCCAACAUGGGCUGCUCAAGAUAAUACCUCAACAGCAAUAGGUAACAUAGUUGCUUUGCUUCAUUCGGUUUUCAGUAACCUUCCACAGGAAUGGCUGGAAGGGACCCACAUCAUCAUCAAACAUCUCAGGCCAGUGACAUCUGUUGCAAUGCUGAGAAUAGUGUUCCGCAUAAUGGGUCCAUUGCUCCCGAGACUUGCCAAUGCUCACUCGCUUUUUAGUAAGACCCUUUCAUUGCUGCUGAGUACAAUGGUGGAUGUCUUCGGAAACAAUGCACAACCAUCAAACCCGGCUGAAGCAUCAGAAAUAAUAGAUCUAAUUGACUUUCUUCAUCAUGUUGUUCAUUAUGAAGGGCAGGGAGGGCCUGUGCAAUCUAGUAGCAAGCCUCGACCCGAAGUUUUGGCCAUUUUUGGAAGAGUAUUGGAAACUCUACAUCCCGAUGUACAACAUCUUCUUUCCCACUUGAGACCGGAUAUAAACUGUUCGAUUUAUGCUGCUACUCAUCCUAAGCUGGCCCAGAAUCCAUCACAAAACUCUCUUACCUAAUAUAGACGACGUUGUAGUUUACUUAGAACCGGUAGCAAUGUCAAAUAUCAGGUUAGUUUGUCUCACCAGAGUUCUUCACUUCAUAUCACUCUCCUUGCCCAAGAUUAAUUUUCAUUAUAUCGGUAAGCUUCUGCUUUGGAAACAUGAAUAGAAGAACUCAUCCUUGCAUAAUUUUUAUUUUUCUUUUAUUUAUAAAAAGAAAAAAAAGUGACCAAGAUUGAUUUGUGAA